AUGUCGGCGCCCAAUCUUUUUUGCCAUAGUCGUUUGGAAGCGAUUCAAUCUUUUGAUUUCCUGAGUUAUGUGAAUGAAGCCAGUGAGUUGUCCUCGGAUUUUGCCAUGGCCGUUGCGGAGUAUACGGGAGAGAUUGUGAUGUCGGCGAUUAACAAUGCCAGUGGAGAUUUGGGGGUUUCUCUGUCGCAGAAUUUUCAUCCAAUUCUUCUUUCUAAUGCAAACAGAUUAGUGUCCACUCUUCUAGAUCGAUUUGAAAUUUCGGUUCCUAGUUCACCGAGGGAGCUAGUUUCGAUAACACCUGAAGCGUCAUCACCUCAGUGUUCGCCACUCAGUGCAAACCAUUAUCAAUCAAAUGAGAGAAACAGUCCAGGAAUGAGGUCAGCAAUGCCUCUGGUUCUUCUAGCGGUGACCCUUCAAGGGUUACAGAUGAGGCGACCAGUGCAUUGUGGCCGAAAGGAUUGGUGA